UAUUCCUACGUACCAGGCCGUGCUGCUUAUGGCGGUGCUGGAGAGGGGGCGCUGAGCUGUUGGGUAUGAAGUGUAACAGAACAGACGUUACCACCUGAAACUGCUGCUUCAAGUUCAGAUCAGGCAAGGAACAAACCUCGUAACAACCAACAAGACCAAAGAAGAGUUACACUUAAGUUGAAGACACAACACUUGAUCUGAAACAAGAAGUUUGUGCCUACUCAACAGCUUUGAAAGAGCACUUCCCAACGCUGCUAGUAGUCUUUGUUUUCUUCAGUGCUGUACUGUGAGAUUGCCCGGUGCAGCAGCAGUUGUAUUCUUUAUUAGCUUGGUAGAUCAUUUUCUCUCGCUCUUUUUUUUUUUAAUACUAGCAACUUUCAUCCUUUGAAAUGUGUGCUGAAAAAGAAGAAUCAGCAAAUACUACUGAAAGUGCAAUAUUUGGUUAUCACUGCGAGAUGAGCCUUGAUCCAAACCUUCUCCACAACAGUGGACACAAUGGGUACCCCAAUGGUACUUCAGCAGCACUGCGUGAAACUGGGGUUAUUGAAAAACUGUUAACCUCUUAUGGAUUUAUUCAGUGUUCAGAACAUCAAGCUAGACUUUUCUUCCACUGUUCACAGUAUAAUGGCAACCUGCAGGAGUUAAAAGUAGGAGAUGAUGUUGAAUUCGAAGUAUCAUCUGACCGGCGGACUGGGAAACCGAUUGCUGUUAAACUGGUGAAGAUAAAACCAGAAAUUCUCCCUGAAGAACGAAUGAAUGGACAAGUUGUGUGCGCUGUUCCUCACAACUUAGAGAGUAAAUCUCCAGCUGCCCUGGGUCAGAGUCCAACAGGGAGUGUAUGCUACGAACGUAAUGGGGAAGUGUUUUAUCUGACUUACACCCCUGAAGAUGUCGAAGGGAACGUUCAGCUGGAAACCGGAGAUAAAAUAAACUUUGUAAUCGAUAACAAUAAACAUACUGGUGCUGUAAGUGCUCGUAAUAUUAUGCUGUUGAAAAAGAAACAAGCCCGCUAUCAGGGAGUAGUUUGUGCCAUGAAGGAGGCAUUUGGCUUUAUUGAAAGAGGUGAUGUUGUAAAAGAGAUAUUCUUUCACUGUAGUGAAUUUAAGGGUGACCUAGAAACCUUACAGCCUGGAGAUGACGUGGAAUUCACAAUCAAGGACAGAAAUGGUAAAGAAGUUGCAACAGAUGUCAGACUAUUGCCUCAAGGAACCGUCAUUUUUGAAGAUAUCAGCAUUGAACAUUUUGAAGGAAUUGUAACCAAAGUUAUCCCAAAAGUACCCAGUAAAAACCAGAAUGACCCACUGCCAGGACGCAUCAAAGUUGACUUUGUGAUUCCUAAAGAACUUCCCUUUGGAGACAAAGAUACAAAAUCCAAGGUGACUCUGCUGGAAGGUGACCAUGUUAGGUUUAAUAUUUCAACAGACCGACGUGACAAAUUAGAACGAGCAACCAAUAUAGAAGUUCUAUCAAAUACAUUUCAGUUCACUAAUGAAGCCAGAGAAAUGGGUGUGAUUGCUGCCAUGAGAGAUGGUUUUGGUUUCAUCAAGUGUGUGGAUCGUGGUGCUCGUAUGUUCUUCCAUUUCAGUGAAAUUCUGGAUGGGAACCAGCUCCAUAUUGCAGAUGAAGUAGAGUUUACUGUGGUUCCUGAUAUGCUCUCUGCCCAAAGAAAUCAUGCUAUUAGGAUUAAAAAACUUCCCAAGGGCACGGUUUCAUUCCAUUCCCAUUCAGAUCAUCGUUUUCUGGGCACUGUAGAAAAAGAAGCCACUUUUUCCAAUCCUAAAACCACUAGCCCAAAUAAAGGCAAAGAGAAGGAGGCAGAGGAUGGCAUUAUUGCUUAUGAUGAUUGUGGGGUGAAACUGACUAUUGCUUUUCAAGCCAAGGAUGUGGAAGGAUCUACUUCUCCUCAAAUAGGAGAUAAGGUUGAAUUUAGUAUUAGUGACAAACAGAGGCCUGGACAGCAGAUUGCAACUUGUGUACGACUUUUAGGUCGUAAUUCCAACUCCAAGAGGCUCUUGGGUUAUGUGGCAACUCUGAAGGAUAAUUUUGGAUUUAUUGAAACAGCCAAUCAUGAUAAGGAAAUCUUUUUCCAUUACAGUGAGUUCUCUGGUGAUGUCGAUAGCCUGGAACUGGGGGACAUGGUCGAGUACAGCUUGUCCAAAGGCAAAGGCAACAAAGUCAGUGCAGAAAAAGUGAACAAAACACACUCGGUGAAUGGCAUUACUGAGGAAGCUGAUCCCACCAUCUACUCUGGCAAAGUCAUUCGUCCCCUAAGGAGUGUUGAUCCAACACAGACUGAGUACCAAGGAAUGAUUGAGAUUGUGGAGGAGGGGGAUAUGAAAGGUGAGGUCUAUCCAUUUGGCAUAGUUGGGAUGGCCAACAAAGGCGAUUGCUUGCAGAAAGGGGAGAGUGUCAAGUUCCAAUUGUGUGUCCUGGGCCAAAAUGCACAGACUAUGGCCUAUAACAUCACACCCCUGCGUAGGGCCACAGUGGAGUGUGUGAAAGAUCAGUUUGGCUUCAUUAACUAUGAAGUAGGAGAUAGCAAGAAGCUCUUUUUCCAUGUGAAAGAAGUUCAGGAUGGCAUUGAGCUACAGGCAGGAGAUGAGGUGGAGUUCUCAGUGAUUCUUAAUCAGCGCACUGGCAAGUGCAGCGCAUGUAAUGUUUGGCGAGUCUGCGAAGGCCCCAAAGCUGUUGUAGCUCCUAGACCUGAUAGGUUGGUCAAUCCCUUGAAGAACAUUACCCUGGAUGAUGCCAGUGCUCCUCGCCUAAUGGUUCUUCGUCAGCCAAGGGGACCAGAUAACUCAAUGGGAUUUGGUGCAGAAAGAAAGAUCCGUCAAGCUGGUGUCAUUGACUAACCACAUCCACAAAGCACAUCAUUAAUCCACUAUGAUCAAGUUGGGGGGAUUCUGGUGAAGGGUUCUGAAUAUCUCCCUCUUCAUCCCUCCCCAAAUCUGGAAUACUUAUUCUAUUGAGCUAUUACACCAGUUUUAACACCUUCCUCGUGUUAUGUUUAAAAAAAAUAAAUAAAUUUAAGAAAACCAUUUUAAAAUUA